GCACUUGUGCAGUAGCAGCACCGUGUAAUACAGUACAGUACGUCGUGCCGCGAAGGAAAAUUGCAAAUUCGAUUUGCACGGAGGUUACUCCGAUUUUGACAGAUUUCGAUCAUGCCGAUUCAUAUAUUUAGUUGACGACAGUUUGACGACAUAUGCGUAGCUACGUUCGCAUCGUGAUCUACAGCAUACGUAUGUACAUUCUACGAUUUUUAUGGACACUGUAGUUUAGUUUCUCUCUGUCAUUACAUUUUGUUUUUUGCAAGUUUAUAUUCUUGUAUAACACGUCGUCAAGAUUCUUGAGUGGCAUCAUGAAGUUAUACACAGACGUGUACGAUAAACUGUAUUUAUAUGUAACGCCUGAGAAGUUCUAUGUAGAGCCCGUUGGAACUAAAGUGCUCCUUGUAGUCGAUAGAGUGAGUCAGCAAAUUUAUACUCAAGCUGGUACGGCCAGUCAAAUUCCAUCGACUGCGAGCCGUAGGAAAAUAUGGGGUAUAAUAGGAACUAUAAGGCUGCUAGCAUGUCGUUAUCUUAUAAUAAUUACAGAAGCUAUGGAGAUCGGAACUAUAGCAGGCCACCAAAUCUAUAAAAUAGUUGCAACAGAAGUUAUACCGUACACAAAGUCUUCGUUGCAUCUGAGCGAAAAGCAAUUGCAAAAUAAUUCCACGUAUUUAGAAAUGAUCAAGUCUGUAUUGAACACACCGCACUUCUAUUUUAGUUAUACAUAUGAUCUCAGUCAUACGAUGCAAAGACUUCAUAAUACGCCACCAGAGUUCUUAGAGAUGCCGCUUCACGAUAGAGCAGAUCUUAGAUUUGUAUGGAACACUUAUCUUAUGCAAGAUCUAACUUCUAGACCAGAGCAGUACAAGUUUUGCCUGCCAAUUAUACAUGGAUUUGUAUCAUUAAACACUAUUACUGUUACUGGUAGUACAUCGUUUAAUUUGGGCAUCGUGUCUAGACGUAACGUACACCGUGCAGGAACACGACUAUUCUCGCGUGGUAUAGAUUCUACGGGUAAUGUUUCUAACUAUGUAGAAACGGAACAAUUGAUCGAAUACAACGGACAUCGCAUAUCUUUUGUACAAACACGCGGCUCGAUACCUUUGUUCUGGUAUCAGGCACCGAAUUUAAAAUACAAACCUAAGCCACAAUUGAGCAACCACGAGGAUCAUCAAACUGCUUGUGCUCGGCAUUUAGAAACUCAAAUAUUCCACUAUGGCAAGCAGAUCUUGAUCAAUUUGAUUGAUCAUCAUGGUCCAGAAGCUUCGCUGGAAAAAGCGUAUCAGAACAUAGUCCAUCAAAUUAAUAAUCAAAACGUUCACUAUGAAAGUUUUGAUUUUCAUGCUGAAUGCCGGCGGCUCAGAUGGGACCGAUUAAAUGUUCUACUCGACAGAUUGACUCCUGAAUUGGAACAGAUGGGUUAUUUCUUCCUCUUAUCCGAUGGAACGUUAUUGGCUGCGCAAGACGGCGUUUUUCGUACAAACUGUAUCGACUGCCUCGAUAGAACUAACGUUGUUCAAAGCUUGAUAGCGAAAAAGGUUCUCAAUGACGCACUGUCGAGGUUAGAAAUCCUUAGGAAAAUCGAAGAUCAUCCUAGCGUUGAGAACCAUUUCAAACGGAUUUGGGCUGAUAAUGCAGACGUGAUAAGCGUUCAGUACUCGGGUACCGGUGCACUGAAGACAGACUUCACGCGUACUGGUAAACGUACUAAAUUGGGCGCCAUGAAGGACGGUAUAAAUUCUUUGACAAGAUAUUACAAAAAUAACUUUACCGAUGGUUAUAGACAGGAUUCCUUGGAUUUAUUCUUGGGUCGUUACAUUGUCCAGGACGGGGAGUGUACGUCGGUUGAGUGUCCUUUGGAGUCUGAAAGAAAUUGGCGUUACGUCACGUUCCCGUUGGUGCUCCUUGUAGCAUCAUCGAUGCUAGUUGCUCACAUAAUUCUCCCUUCAAGAUACACCACGGAAAUUUUAUUAUACAUGCUAUUCUGGGCUGCCAUGGUGGGCGGUACGUUCACUACCAUCAUUCACCAUGGCAAGCAAUACGUGGAUAAACCUAAGCUGCUUUAGACAUUUUAGCACUAAGUUGUCGCACGUUGUGCAACGAUUUUAAUCUAAGCUAAUAUAGAGAUAUUUUGUUAUUGCCUCUUUUUAGGUGUUAGGGGUUAAUCUUUUAUUUAGUUUUCGGUGAUCGUAAUAAUUUACCGAAUCCCGGUGUUGCACAUACGUGUUGCAUUUUCCGUUCUAAAAGAAUUGAAAUCGAUCGUUUUAAGUGGUGUAGGAUUUUAUAGUCUAGCUGGGAUCGCGUUAGUGAAAUAAGUGCGAUAUAAUUCUCGACAACAAAACAAUUGAUUCUGCAAGGCACUCUUAUAUACAUAGAUAGAUUCUCGGGCACGCCGCGUAGCUUUCGCAGGUGGAUUGAAACAUGCGACACCUCAGACACACGACACAUGCUUCCCAAACGCACCGCUCAGCCACGUGUCUUCGCUCACACUAACUCAAACGUAUCGCACCUCAUACCUUUUCUCUCUCACACACACACAUUCUGCACCUUUUUCACUCAGACUCUCUUUAUAUAUAUAUCUUAUAUACACUCCGUCUCUCUAACACACUCCCUGUCUCUCUUACACUCGGUCUUCCGAUACCUCGCAUCCUACAGUGGUAAUAGGGGGAAGUAACGUUUUUAUUGAUUGUACAUAGAUUAAAAAUCGUAGUCGACUUUACCAAUUGAUUGUUGAAACUCGCGCGUUCCCAUGUUAAGUAGAGUAAUAUAUAAUUUUCGAGGGUAGCUCGUUUUCUCAUUCAACGAGAGACGACGUUUGUAAAGUGUUGCAAAAGAUCCGACUAUGUCCCGGCCAAACAUUUAUCCGAAUAGAGAGAUACGUUCGACGCUUGUGGUAUUAUUCGCUUAGCCGCGUUAAGGAAUUUACGCGGUUGAACAUCGCGCAGACGUGUGUGUCCGACGGUACGGAGAGUCCACAUAUUUACAAUGUAAAACGAAGUGUAUCGCGAGAGGGAACUAGUAAAAACGAGUACCGAUCCGCGUCGAUGAAGAGCAAGUUUUUGUUAGAAAGUAAUGCGAUCCCGCAGAUCGCCGGUGAUUCGCGAGGGAGACCUAGUCAGAUUAUCGAAUUGUAUCUAACGAGAAAGAAAAAAAAGGAAGAACGAAACGAGAAGGUGCGAACGUCGAGAACCGAAGCGCGUUGUACUUGUUGAACUCUGUUUAAAAGCAUGUAGCGGUUAUGAAUUUCAAAUUCCGAUUAAUCCGUCUAGGUGUAAACGAAAGAUAUAUAGGUGAACGUUCUAGCGAAGAAAUAUUUUUUAACAAUUAAGAAGCAAUCUUUCGUACUAACAGUAAGAUAACUUGUUCAGUUGAUAAUUCAUAUACACCAAUAAAAUUCGUGUUUUCUCUCUUA